AUGUCGAACUUGGAGGCACAGGUGCCAAACCGAAACUGACCGCAUGUAAAUAUAAUUCACAAACCUUCAAGACUAAGCUUUCCCCAUGCAUAACAAUCUUAGUUUUGAGUGAGUUCUUCCUCUAACCACAUUAAACAAUUACUCUAACGGUUGUGAAUUCAGAGGAUAAAGUUUACUUUAAAAAACUAUCUUCUUUGGCAAAAGGUAAAGUGAUGCCUCAAAUCACAGCACGUGUCAUUAUACAGUUGACACUUCUUCUGUCAGCUUUACCAGCGCAGUAUCUCAUUUCCAAAUGGACAGGCGGCACUGCUGUACAACGUCACCUCGCUACUCAGAGAAUUCUAGACAUGUGGAAGUUCAUAAGAAAAUCCUACUUAAACACAACUGCUUGGGUUGACUGGAUAAGUUCCUGGAUUCCUAAACUACCAUCCUUUGGAGAGGAGGAAGAUCCACGGCAAGCAAUGGAAGACGCACUCAAGAUUGAGCUGUUAAUGCAUGACAAUGAGCAUGGGUACUUUGCAGUUUCAAAGGAGGCGCGAAGUCCCAGGCCAUCAUACGUGCUUCACCGUGUGGGUGAAGUUGUCAUGGAAACACAGAAUAACAUGGUAGGGGUGAUAGUGGGCUGGGAUGCAGGACUCCAAGCUCCUCCAGAGUGGAUCAAAAGAAAGAAAUACACAGACUUAGAGUUAAAGAGGGCCUUGGACACUCCUCAUUACAGAAUAAUUUUCAGUGGACCAGAUUCCUCAUCAAUACUGAUCGGAUACAUUCCCCAGUAUAAUGUGAAGCUCCUUCAAGGUUUUAAGCCGGACAUACCUACUCUAGAACAAUAUUUUUCACACUUUAAUGGGGAAAGGUUUGUGAUGGAGGAAUGGUUAGGAGAAAUAUACCCUCAUGACUGAAUGUGCAACUCGGCUUUAAAAACUUUUGGACUUGGACAUAAACUUGGACAAUAACAAGGACAUAAACUCUUCCGAGCUCCCUACUUUUACCAUAUUUUAAGUUUAUGUAGCAUAUGUAUUUCUGUUAUUAUAUUUUCUUCUGGAAUAUCUGUUAUGAAUUCUAGGAGCAGUACCAAAAAUAAGAAAAUGCAUUUUUUAUUAUUGCUGUCAUUUUUAAUUCGGCAAGGAAUAUGUAGUGUAUAAUCUUAACUAUUUGUGCUGUUAUAUCAGUACAAAAAUUAUAGAAACUAUAUUAAGUGUUUUUAAUUAUCAAAAUACAAUCAGGAUUUCACAAUUAAUAAGAUAUAGCCUAUUUAUUUAAAUAAAUAAGCACAGCAGAAUGAUGAUUUCUGUGCUGUUUAUUGUGUAAAACAACAGUAUUGCUAAGGUGAUAAACAGUGUUCAAAAUAAAGCUAAAAACACAGACAUGG